GCCUCGCCUGCCUCAGAGUACAGUAUUUCGCCGUGGCCCCUUUAAGAAAGCAAGAAGACCACGCCCAUGCCCUCAUCAAGGUUCCUUCCCCGCUCAGAGGCGAAGCCGGAGGAAGAGGCCAAUCAGCGUUCUUCUUAGAGCGAGGUGGGAGAGGCCGCGCCGGGCGAAGAAAGAUGGACGCUCUUUCUGAGGCUACGGUGCCGGCGGAGAAUGGGCGAGCGCCCCUCACGGGCGGGUUUGCGCCUGUGGUCCCCGAGAGGCUCCAGCAGCGGGAAGCGGAGCGCCGAGACGAGGCCGAGCGGCGGCGCCGGGAGCGGGACGCGCAGACGGUGCAAGAGGAGCAGAGCGACUACUUCACCGCCGCCUUCGCCCGAGAGCGAGACGCCGUGGAGAGCUUGCUCGGGCCGGACCGGGACGCGGAGGCGGUGGCGGAGGCGGCGGAACGGCUGCAGGAGCUGCAACGGCUGCUGACGGACUCGGUGCGCUUCUUGGCCCCGUACGAGGUCCGCCAGGCGCAGGCGACGCUCCACCGGCUCCAGGGCGCGCUUUCCGAGCGCCGCCCCUCCAGCCGCCGCCGCCGCCUCAGGAGGACUCCCCACAAGACUCCGGGGAAGCAGCGGCCUCCUCCUCCUCCUCUAGCGGUGGAGCCCGGCUGCGGCUUCAGCGGAGCCGAGGGACAAGAGCUGGAGCUGGGCCCGGCCGAGCUGCUGCAGCGCGACGUGGUGCUCUCCGGCCUCCGCCGCUGCCGGGUGCGGCUGAGGGGCAACCCCAACACGCUGCUGGUGCGCCACUGCCGGGACUGCACGGUGCUCUGCGGGCCCGUGUCGACCUCGGCGCGGGUGGACGGCUGCCGCGGCUGCCUGCUGGCCCUCGCUUGCCAGCAGCUCCGCACCAACCGCACCACCGACACCAGCUUCUACGUGCAGGUGACCAGCCGGGCCAUGUUGGAGGACUGCAGCAACAUCCGCUUCGCCCCCUACACCUGGACCUAUGCAGGCAUCGACGUCGAUUUCGAGACGUCCAGGCUGGAUAGAAGCCGGAACAACUGGAACCAAGUGGAUGACUUCAAUUGGCUGGCCAGAGAUGAGGCCUCCCCGAACUGGAGUGUGAUUCCCGAAAACGAGAGGGCCAGGGACUGGAACUGAACGGGUGUUUGAUUUCCCUGCCGAUUAUGCCUAAAGGGUGGCAUGGGGGGGGCGACCCAUCUGUGCUGGCAACAAAGCUGGUGCCAGGAGGUGAAAGUAAUGUUAGGGUUUGAAAGGCCAGUGUCAUGCACCUUAUUUGCAUUCCCUAUCUGUUAAAGCAGCCUGAUGAGAUUACUAAAAUAUUGUUACCUCCUUCAUCCUGCUUUAACUGAUAGUGUAUAUACUAACUCCUGUUUUUGUACCUUUUUAAUUCUCUGUAUAACCACAUCACUGUUUCUCCACUGUUGAUUGCCGCCUUCAGUUAAAAUUUUGGUAAUUUAAAGGUUCUCAGUGUCACUGAAAUAAUUUGUUAUAUGUGUAUGGUAGAAAUGAGAAAUUUGGGUGACAGAUAAUUUAACUUCUUUAACAUGUUUAUGAAAGUGGAACUGGUGCUAAAAAGGAAGAUCAUACUGGAGAACAGACUGAUGUGAGAUAUUUGAAAUGGAGAAAUGUUAUUAGUGACUAUUGUUUACUGGACAAGCUUAUACAGGAACCAUUAUAGCCUAUUUAUUUUUUGAAAUAGUGUACAGUAUAUAAUGGGUAACAUUUUGGAAAUAGUACAUGCAUAGGUACUGACAACCUUUUUUGCCUUCAACUGAUUGUCUGAUUUUUGCUUCUAGGAAAAUCUCCACUUCUGCUUCACAUGUUUCUGAUCUAGCUCCCUUGCCCUGUUACCAAAAUCUUAUUGUAUAAAAUCUAUUUGAAAUAAAAUCCUGCAAACAUUA